UUCACUUGGCCGAACCCCCUCCCUCCAGUUUUCUUGUUAUCCCGAACCCCCCAUCACCAUUUUUCUUGUUCGCAGUAAACACCCUGCCGAUUUUCCCUCUCUGUUUUCCUUCUUGCUUGAACGCACCAGAAGUAAUUCGAUUUUUGCCCACGUUCUGCAAUCAGGGUUAACUUUUUGUUCAUUCUAUUUGAAGAUGAAUAGGGAUUGGAUUAAACUAAAAAAUAGAUUUUCAAGUGAUUAUAUUCAUGGGGUUGCUCAAUUUAUGGAAGUGGCUAAGUGUCAUGUAAACGAUGUGGGGAAAACUAGGUGCCCAUGUAAGUAUUGUCAAAAUUCAAUGACACAAACAUUGGACGGAGUAGAGCGUCAUUUAUUUAUGUACGGAAUAUCCUCUGUAUAUAAUAAAUGGGUUUAUCAUGGAGAAGCAACGAACUUAGCUCGAUUUGAACGGGGUGCUACUUCAUCAGAAGGUGAUACAUUAAGUAGAGAGGCUAAUGUUGGCGACGAGGACGAUGAUAUUUUAGAUCUUUUAAAUGAUUUGCAAGGAUCAAUGAUAGCAAGGGAAGAAGAUUUUGAUGAUGGGGAUGGUUUUGAUGAUGAAUUUCCAGAAGAUGUCGAUGAAAUGGAUACUAGUAACAUUUUUGAGGAGUUGAUGAAGGAAGCACGUAACCCGUUGUAUCAUGGAUGUACCAAAUUUUCAUCGUUGAAUUUUUUGGUGAAGUUAAUGCAUAUCAAAGUUUUGAAUAAUUGGAGCAACAAAUCGUUUGAUAUGCUACUAGAAUUGUUGAAAGAUGCAUUUCCAGUCGGUACAUAUAUACCUAAAUCAUUUUACGAAGCUAAGAGAAAAUUAUGUGAUUUAGGGUUAGGAUAUGAUUCCAUCCACGCUUGUAAAUAUGACUGUGUACUAUUUCGAAAAGAAUUUGCUAAUUGUCAAAGUUGUCCAGUAUGUGGUGAAUCUCGAUAUAAAACAAAUAGUGGGAAAGGAAAGAAGAUUCCAAAUAAGGUUUUGCGUCACUUUCCAUUAAUUCCAAGGUUGAAACGAUUGUUUUUAUCAAAACAUAUUGCUUCUGAGAUGAGAUGGCAUAAGGAUAAACGAGUUGACACAGAGGAUGUUUUACGACAUCCAGCUGAUGCUGCAGGAUGGAAGCACUUUGAUAAAGAAUUUCCUCAAUUUGCUUCAGAGCCAAGAAAUGUUCGUUUAGGCUUAGCUUCAGACGGUUUUAAUCCAUUUGGGAAUAUGAGUACUGCAUAUAGCAUGUGGCCAGUAGUGCUUAUUCCAUACAAUUUGCCCCCUGGAAGUGUAUGA